GACGAUGUCGACUGAGGUAGCUGCAUAGGUGCACAGUGGGGAAGUUUCACAAGAUCACUUGUUUCUUCCGGACUUUUUACGGCGCAGGACCGUGUUCCGGUCGGCCGGUUUUACGUGCGUGCCGCUGAGUUUCUUCUCUAGAAACCACAGUCGUCCUGAACCGCUACCAUGGGCAUUCUGGAAAAAAUUGCAGAAGUAGAGAAAGAAAUUUCUCGGACACAGAAAAACAAAGCGACCGAGUACCAUCUGGGUCUGCUGAAGGCCAAACUAGCCAAAUACAGAGCUCAGCUUCUGGAGCCCUCCAAGUCGGCAGGGGUCAAAGGUGAGGGCUUCGAUGUGAUGAAAUCAGGAGAUGCCCGAGUCGCUCUGAUUGGUUUCCCGUCGGUGGGUAAGUCCACCUUCCUCAGUCUGAUGACGUCGACAGCCAGUGAAGCGGCGUCCUACGAGUUCACCACCCUCACCUGCAUCCCCGGCGUCAUAGAGUACAAAGGAGCCAACAUCCAGCUGUUGGAUCUCCCUGGAAUCAUUGAAGGAGCCGCUCAAGGAAAGGGUCGAGGUCGACAGGUCAUCGCUGUGGCCAGAACGGCGGAUGUCGUCAUCAUGAUGCUGGACGCCACCAAAGGAGAUGUUCAAAGGGAACUUUUAGAAAAAGAGCUGGAGUCUGUGGGAAUCCGACUCAACAGAAGAAAACCAAAUAUUUAUUUCAAGCCCAAGAAAGGUGGAGGUCUGUCCUACAACUCCACAGUCCCUCUGACGCAGUGCUCAGAGAAGCUGGUCCAGCUCAUUCUUCAUGAAUACAAAAUCUUUAACGCAGAGGUUCUCUUCAGGGAGGACUGCUCGCCCGACGAGUUCAUCGACGUCCUCGUGGGGAACAGAGUUUAUAUGCCUUGUCUAUAUGUGUACAAUAAGGUGGAUCAAAUCUCCAUUGAGGAGGUGGACCGCCUGGCUCGCCAGCCUAACAGUGUAGUCAUCAGCUGUGGUAUGAAGCUGAACCUGGACUACCUUCUGGAGAUGUUGUGGGAGUAUCUGGCACUUAUUUGCAUCUAUACAAAGAAAAGAGGAGAGCGUCCAGACUUCAACGACGCCAUCAUCAUGAGAAGAGGAGCAUCAGUAGAACAUGUGUGCCACAGAAUCCACAGAACCUUAGCGAGCCAGUUCAAAUACGCCCUUGUGUGGGGAACCAGUACCAAGUACAGUCCACAGAGGGUGGGGCUAACGCACAUCAUGGAGCACGAGGACGUUAUCCAGAUUGUCAAGAAGUAAAAGAAAAGGCAGGAGGGGACUGAAAAUCCAUGGAGGGGCGGAGAAAACGCAUCUGUACAGUAGAAACGCAUGAAAGGAAAAUAGCCGACAUUCUUAUUUUGUUUAUAAAAUCAAACAGAAACGGUGAACUACAGACGCAUUUUAUGUUUAAAGAUACUAAAGGCUGAGAGAAUGAGGAAAUAAAAAUCAUAAAACACAAAA